AGUUGUUUCUUUAUGAUGCGCAAGAUCUGAUUCUUUGGCACUUCACCAACAGCAUCCGAGGCUGAAGUUCGCCAGGAGCCGGCUCCCAGAGACAGCGAGAGGAAGGGACGCCGGGCACCGCCAGCCCCGCCGCCUGCCCUGCCCUGCCGCCGCCUCCCCAGGUUUGGGCCCCGACCAUGAAGAUCCCGCUGCUGGUCUCCACGGGAAUCCUGCUGGUGGCCCUCCUGCCCUGUCAGGAGUGCAGAGCUCUCAGCAAGAGCCCAGUAGCCGCCCACGGGGCUCUGCACCAGCCAGAUUUCUUCCAGCAGCAGCAGCAGCAAACUCUGCCCGUCCUGCUCCGCAUGGGAGAAGAGUAUUUCCUGCGCCUGGGCAACCUCAACAAGAGACCCGUUGGCUCUUUCUCCGCUUCUUCCAGCAAUACCAACCACCUACAGCCCGAAGCCUCCGCAAGCAACUUUUUCCGGGCGGCGGUGCAACAGCUGGAGCCCCUGCCCGAGCGCUCUCUGAGAAGCUCCGAGGAGGGCGAAGCUGAGGGGGAGGCCGUGGAGAGGGAGAAGCGAUCCGAGGAGCCCCCAAUUUCUCUGGAUCUGACUUUCCACCUCCUGCGUGAAGUCUUAGAGAUGGCCCGAGCCGAGCAGUUAGCGCAGCAAGCUCACAGCAACAGGAAACUGAUGGAGAUAAUCGGGAAAUGAAACGGCCCCUCCCCGCCUUGCCAAAGAGAUUCCGCAGUUAGCACAAGAAUAAUUACACCGUCCGAUGUACCAUAGUGCUGCUCUGAUGUCAUCUCUUUAUUUUUAUAUAGCUUUAAACCUAGAAGGGUGUACUCCGAACAGCCUCUGUCCCUUGACUAGCAUGCACAACCAUGUACCAAGUGCAGAAACACGAGUGUCGUUCGUAACCUCCCCUACCUUUAUUUAUUUCUCCAUUUCCCAGUUAUUCUAGUGCCAUCGCUACGUAGGGAUGUGUGAGCAUUGGAUGAAAUGGUUCCGAGAAGACAGUUAACUUUUCUGCUGGGGGCAGGGAGGUGGGAGGGGGAAUCUCUGUGAGCUACUUUAAAUCCACUUUUUAAAAAAAAAAAAACUUUUUUUUUUUUCCUGUAAACAUUUUCACAAUAAAACAUCUUUUCAGCGCUCGGUCGAUUUUGUUGUGUAAGAGAAUGUUUAAUAUUUAUAUUUUUAAUAAAAGCUGCAAAGUAA